AUGGCGCAGCGAGCGAAGAACAGCAAAGCCAGCUUGGGUGCCCUGAAGCCUGAGAUGCUGAAGGGUGCUAUCAAGCAGCUAGGCCCUUCGCUCGUCGCGCUGCUUAACGCCUGUGUACGGAUUGGGGCGUUGCCGGCCCAGUGGGCGAUCAGUGCGCUGACACCGAUCCGCAAGCCUGGUGCGGACCACCUGCGCUGUGACGGCUACCGCGGCAUUGCCGUGGGCACACUGCCGGCCAAGCUGUUUGCCAGCAUGCUUCAGAGCAGGUUUACAACCCACACUGAGGCGGCGGGCAUUCGGGCAUCUGGCUAG